AUGAAGGUAGGUCAGCUCAAAUAUAUCGAUAGCAAGCAGUUCAUGAAUAGUAGCUUAGCCAAACUUACAAAAAAUUUGGGUGAUAACCAUUCAAUAACAAGCCAGCAUUUCAAAAAAUUAGGCUAUACAGAUGAGCAAUUAGCAUUAGUAUAUCGCAAAGGAGUUUAUCCCUAUGACUAUAUCGAUUCUCAUGAUAGGUUUCAGGAGGCAGAACUUCCUCCCAUUCACGAAUUUAGUACACAUCUUCAUGGCAAAAUUACUCAAGAAGAUUACCAAUAUGCUCAGAAA